AUGGCUCGUCAAGGUGUUCCCAAGGACAUCGCUGCCCUCUCUCUCCCCAACCAGGGCUCUGUCAAGCUCUUUGGCAAGUGGGACUUCACAGAGGUUGAGGUCAAGGACAUCUCCCUCACCGAUUACAUUCAGCUCCGUCACGCUGUCUACACCCCUCACACUGCUGGCCGAUAUGCCAAGAAGCAGUUUCAAAAGGCCAACCAGCCCAUCGUCGAGCGAUUGGUCAACGCUCUGAUGAUGCACGGUCGCAACAACGGAAAGAAGCUUAUGGCAGUGCGCAUCGUCGCUCACGCUUUCGAGAUCAUCAACCUCCUCACCGAUGCCAACCCCAUUCAAAUUCUUGUCGACGCCAUCGUGAACACUGGUCCUCGUGAAGACUCUACCCGUAUCGGCUCUCAAGGAACUGUCAGGCGUCAAGCUGUUGAUGUCAGUCCCUUGCGCCGUGUCAACCAGAGCUUGACUCUGAUCACCACCGGUUGCCGCGAGAGCGCUUUCCGCAACGUCAAGAGCAUCGCAGAAUGCCUCGCCGAUGAGCUCAUCAACGCCGCCAAGGGCUCUUCCAACUCUUACGCCAUCAAGAAGCGUGACGAGGCUGAGCGUGUUGCUCGCUCUAACCGAUAA